AUGUCCACCGGACGACAGAAAGAGAGCGCGGCGGAACCGCCUGUCGAAUCCGCAGAUCCCUCGAACAAUGCUCUAUCUCAGGACGGAGAUAUGAUAUUAUCCAAUGGGCAAACUUCUGCGAGGAGCCUUAUCUACAACUACACUCGUCCAGAUCGAUCCACAGAAGAUGCAAAUGAGGAAUCACAGGAGACUCAUUCACGUAGAAUAGAAACUGCUCCGCCCCCUUCCUCUUCCGCCACCACCACAGACCAGCAUGGCAAUAAACUCCAAUCCCCAUUUCUCGACCUUCAUGUUUCCGCCCCGACCGCCUUCCCGGAUCCACUGGAACCCUCACAGCCCAAUUCCCCUCUGAACAACAACAGAAGCGCCCCGCCAAUGCAAACAUGGCGCCACAAGCUCCACCAUUCAUGGCUCAUGAGCAAGGGGAUGGUCCUGGUAAUGCUCGCUCAGUUCUUCGGCGCAUCCAUGAACGUCAUGACCCGUACGCUUCAGUUGGAUGGGAAUCAUGGAAAAGGCAUGCAUCCGUUUCAGAUCCUCUUCGUCCGCAUGGGCUCCACCGUCCUCCUCAGCGCCCUCUACAUGGCCUACACCCGCGUCCCGCACCCCCUUGGCCAGCGCCCCGUGCGCCCCCUCCUCCUCCUCCGCGGCAUCAGCGGCUUCUUCGGCGUCUUCGGCCUCUACCACUCCCUCCUCUACCUCGCCCUGUCAGAAGCAACAGUCCUAACCUUCCUCGCCCCCAUCGGCUCCUGCUACCUGUGCUCACUAAUCAUGCCCAACGAGACCUUCACGCGCAGACAGCAGAUGGCCGCGCUGGCCUCGUUAUCUGGUGUCGUGUUGAUUGCGAAGCCGUCGUUGCUUGUUCACGGUUUCUCAGCGGUUGUUGGGGGGUCCGCUGAUGCUGAUGCUGAUGCUGCUACAGACACCGAGCGAUAUAAACGCACACUUGGCAUGCUCUCCGCACUCCUGGGCGUCCUAGGCGCCACGGUGGCGUACAGUUCCAUCCGCAUAAUCGGCAAGCGCGCCCACCCGCUCGUCAGCGUGACGUAUUUCAGCGCUAUAACGACCGUAGUCUCGUUGCUGGGUGUGCUGUUGAUACCAUCCGUCACCUUCCGGUUUCCGGAAAAUGUCACGGAGUGGUUACUGUUGGUUGGACUGGGAACGUGCGGGUUUAUAUUACAAUUUUUAUUGACGGCGGGGUUGUCAUAUGUGCCGCCGUCGGUGACCGGUGCGGAGAAGGGGGUGAACCCGGUGGUGGUGGUGGGGGAAGAGGCGGUUGGUGUUGUCGAUGUCGAUGGCGAUGCGGAGCGGGAGGGGUUGUUGGAGGAGGGGGGGCAGAGAGGGCAAGCACUAGUACAAGUGGAGGAGGGAGACGGGGGUAAGCAGGUAACGGCCAAGCCAUCCACGCACGGCUCCAAGGCGACAUCCAUGGUGUAUACGCAGAUGCUCUUUGCGGUGUUGUACGAUAAGAUCGUAUUCAAUGCGACGCCGUCGUUGGUAAGUUGGGCUGGGUCUGGGAUUAUUGUUGCUAGUGCAAUGUAUGUGGCGUCGGCGAAGGAGAAGAGGCAAGGGAGCGGUGGUGGUGGUGAUGAUGGGGGAGAGGACGGGGCUUGUGAUGGGGUUCAACGACGACGGGCGAGACAUAUGCGGGUAUGGAGUGUGGAGGAUGCACGGUUGGCGGAGGCGGAGGAGGGGAGGGAGCUGUUGGAGGAUUAUGAUGGGGGUGAAGGGGGUGAAGGGGGUGAGGGGAAUAGGAGCAGGCGUUCAGGUUUGAAUUUGAAUGGAUGGGAUUGA